AUGUACGAAAUAUCUUCGUCAACAUUAUCCACACGUGAUUUGUCGAGUGGUGGUUCACAUUUUCAACUAAUACAUGAAUAUGAUAAACAUACAUCAUCUAUGAAUACCGUUGUUUGGGCACUCAAUGGAUACGGCUUAAUGUUAGCAUGUGGAAGUUCAGAUGGAUCGAUCUCUAUAAUUACAUCGAGUGAUUUAUUUGGAAAUCAUUUGUUGCCUUUUCAAAAUCUUCUAAGCAUACAAAUCAUGAGUCAAAUCAGUCAGGUUGUUGAUAUAGUGAAAAAAUUAAACGAGGAAUAUCAAACAAGUACACCAAAAAAAUUAAAACUGAUUGAUGCCUAUUUAUUCUAUGUACUGUUAACCGGUGUUGUACAAUUUGGUUAUUGUCUACUCGUGGGUACAUUUCCAUUUAAUUCGUUUUUAUCGGGAUUCAUUUCCACUGUUGGAUGUUUUAUAUUGGCUGCAAGUUUACGUAUUCAAUUGAAUAAAGCAAAUCAAUCAACGUUUAAUGUUUCACCUGAACGUGCAUUUGCCGAUUUUGUAUUUGCACAUGUUAUUCUACACUUGGUUGUUAUCAAUUUUAUAGGCUAA